AUGGGGGAGGCGCCCCAGCGCGCCGCCAAGCCCGCCAAGGCCGCGCGGCGGAAGAAGCGCGCGGCCGAGGAGUGCCUCGUCUUCGAGUGCCUCAAGCCGCGCUACGACGCCUUCAAGAAGGUCGGCAACGGCAGCUACGGCGUCGUCUGCAGCGCCGUCGACGCGCAGGACGCCGGCGCGCGGCGCGUGGCGAUCAAGCGCGUGAGCCCCUGGGCCGACGACUGCUGGGACGCGCGGCACACGCUCCGCGAGCUGCGGCUCAUGCACCUGCUGCGCGGGCACCCGAACGUGAUCAGCCUCCACGACGCGGUGCUGCGCCCCGGCGGCUCCGACGACCUCUUCAUCGUCAUGGAGCUCAUGGACUCGGACCUGCACCGGGUCGUCUCGUCCAAGCAGGCGCGCGGCCCGCGCCGACGUUCGCGGCACACGGGGCGCCCGCGCGCGCCGCCGGCAGGGGGCGCGGUCGACGCGCGGCCGCCGCGCAGGUCCUGACGGCCGAGCACGUCUCGUGCAUGCUGUGCCAGAUCCUGCUGGGCGUCCAGGCCCUGCACAGCGUGGGCAUCCUGCACCGCGACCUGAAGCCGGGCAACGUCCUGGUCUCGCGCGACUGCCGCGUCCGCAUCACGGACUUCGGCCUCUCGCGGUGCGUCGCCGGCCUCGCCGCCGACGCCGCGCGCGCGGACGCCGCCGACGACGCCAAGAACCCGCUGACCGAGUACGUCGUCACGCGCUGGUACCGCUGCCCCGAGGUGCUCCUGGCGCCGCACCUGCCGUACUCGACCGCGGUCGACUGCUGGUCCGUCGGCUGCAUCCUCGGCGAGAUGCUGCUGCGGAAGCCGCUGUUCCAGGGCAAGAACUUCGUGCACCAGGUGCAGGUCAUCCUGGAGAAGCUCGGCACGCCGACGGACGGCGCGCUCGGCUUCGAGCCGCGCGAGGACGCCGCGCGCUUCCUGGCCAAGCAGCCGGCGCGCGACGACCCCGGCGUCGCCGCGCUGCUCCCCGACGCGACGCCCCGCCAGCGGGCGCUGGCGCGGCGCUUCCUCCAGUUCAACCCCGAGGUGCGGUGCACGGUCGAGGCCGCGCUCGCCGACCCGCUCUUCGACGACGCGCCCGAGCUGCCGGCGCCGUCGCGACCCUACUUCGACGCCGCCGCCGCGCGCGCGGGGACGGCGCCGGCGGCGCUCCGCGACUUUGCGGCGAGCGUCGCGGCGGAUCCGUGCUUCGACUUCGACUUCGAGCGGAGCGGCACGACGCUGGCCGAGCUCAAGGCCGAGGUCAAGGACCAGAUCGCGGCCGCGCGCGCCAAGGCCGCGCGCCAGGCCGCCGCCGCGGCCGCACCCAGGGCGCCCGCCGCGCCCGCGCCCGCGCCCGCGCCCGCGCCGCCGCGCGCCGCCGAAGCGAAGCAGCCGCUCGCCCCGCGGCCGGCCGCGGCCAUUCGCGCGCGCGAUCCCGGCGCGGCGCUCGCGCCCGCGGGGCCGAGCUCGCACGACGUGGCCGCGCGGCCGCUCGCGGCGCUGCCGGACGACCCGUCGCGGCGCCUCGCUUCGGCGUCGCUCGGCGACAAGCCCGAGCCCUGGAGCCCCCGCGCGCGCGACCGCGACCGCGAUCGGCCGCGCGGCGGCGGCGGCCGCGUCCUGCCCGCGCGCGCGGACCGGCGCGCGCGCGGGCGCCCGGCCGCCGACCUCCUGUCCGGGCGCCUCGCAAGCGCCCCUGCGCGGCCGGCGCGCGGUGGGUCGGCCGCGCCGCCCGACGCCGACGCCGCGCGCGCCGACGCGGCCGCGCGCCCGCCCGCGCGGCCUCAACCCGCCCGCGGCGCGCGCGCGCGCCUCUUCGCGCUGCCGUCCCUGCGCCCCCCGCGCCAGCACCCCGGCCGCGUCCGGCCGCACGGCUCCCCGCCGCGCGGCGGCCGCGCCGCGUCGGCGGGCGCGGGGGAGGCGUCGCCGCGCCGCGCCGCGCGCCCGGGCCGCGAGAAGCUCCUGCUCGCCAACGUCCCCCGCGCGGGCGACAAGCCGGGCUCCGCCGGGCUGCUGUCGCGGCUCCGCUCCGUGUCCGCGCGGUAG